AUUUUUUGGCCGAGGCAACUCACAGGUUCACUGUCAGUUCGGCAUCGAACUCUCAUUUCGAGGUGUCACUUCCCGCACAAUGCUUUGAUUUCGCUGUGGAAUACUCUAUCUGCCCAACAAACGGCUAACGGCGGCAUGAUAUAGCAUCGUAUAAAACCUUUAACGAUAAAACAAGGGCGACAAUGAGCCCUCCGAUGUAAACUCCCCUCCCUUUUCGUUUGAAUAAAUCUGGUGCUAACUUGUCUGCUUGUUCACAGAUAUAACCCAACCACCGACUCGAUAACCCCCCCGGGACAUAUCCCCCCCUCUUUCCCAUCUCUCUACUGGCCGAUAAAUCCGGACCCGGGAGAGGCAGCGUACCUUUACAUGCCCCGCGACAUAUGGAAAUUCACGCUUUAUUGGACGUUGAUAGUGUAUGCGGCUUUCCACCUUUCGGCAGGGGUUUGGGCUUUCGCGAUGAGGCCGAGUAAGCUCUCAAUCGGGGUGCCAUUAUUCUAUGCUGUUGUUGGAGGGAUUGAAGCUACGAUUGCUGGGAGCAUUGUUGGGUCUAUGUGAGUCUGUUCAAGACAGUGUUGGUUUUGAUUCUGUGGGAUACUGAUCAACACAUGGGGUUUAGACUCGGCGCGGUUUACCGAGCCGGGUAUUUUCGAAUGAGCACUUGGAUACCUUUUGUUUGGUCGGUAAUAAACCUUCUGGUUUUGCUGCUCUCUUCAUUUUCGAUGCAGGGAGGAUUGUGAUAGUAUUGGAAAUGGGAAAAAAAUAGGGGAUGGGAGUUCCGGGGUUUUCAGUUGAAUUAGAGUGCUUAGCUACUGCGCGGGAAGAUCAUAAAGUUCCAUGCGGCUCUCUUUUG